UCGUUCCGACGGAGAUCGGCCGUGUGGUGCCCUUCGGCCCAAUACGGGAAAUGGCGAUCUGCGAGGUUGUUUGAAGCCAGUUUGAGAGUAAACACACACAACUCGCGCGCGCAUUCGCACUCGUUGAUUAAAUGUGCCCUGAAAAUAAUGUGAUGUCGACUGUGUGCGAUGGCAAAGAGCAAAGAGAUAACCGGCCAUCAGCAGCAGUUCGUUGAGGAAAUCGAUUAUAAUGAAAUCGAAACGGAGCAGGUAGUUGGCAAGGGUUCUUUUGGAGUUGUAUGGAAAGGAAAAUGGAGAGGGCAGGAUGUCGCCGUGAAACAUAUAAAUUCGGAAGGAGAGAGAAAAGCCUUUACUGUAGAGGUUCGACAGCUGUCCCGAGUUGCUCAUCCCAAUAUUGUUAAAUUGUAUGGUGCAUGUACCAAGAAUCCUGUAUGUUUAGUAAUGGAAUAUGCAGAAGGUGGAUCGUUAUACAAUGUAUUACACUGCAACCCUCAACCACAUUACACUACCAGUCAUGCUAUGAGUUGGACUCUUCAGUGCGCGCGUGGUGUUGCAUAUCUUCACAAUAUGAAACCAAAACCACUGAUACACAGAGACCUGAAACCACCCAAUUUAUUAUUAGUUAUGGGUGGACAAACGCUUAAAAUCUGUGACUUCGGCACAGCCUGUGACUUAAACACAUAUAUGACAAAUAAUAAGGGCUCGGCCGCAUGGAUGGCACCAGAAGUAUUUGAAGGAUCUAGGUAUACAGAGAAGUGCGAUGUAUUUAGUUGGGGUAUCAUUUUGUGGGAGGUUUUAACACGCAAAAAACCCUUUGAUGAUAUUGGUGCUUCAGCCUAUAGAAUAAUGUGGGCUGUUCAUGUAGGACAAAGGCCUCCUUUAAUAGAAGGAUGCCCGAAACCAAUUGAAGAUCUUAUGACUAGAUGUUGGCGUAAAGCACCUGAAGAAAGACCUUCCAUGGACGAGGUAGUAAGGAUAAUGACCGAGCUAUCGGAAUUUUUUAAGCGCCAUUUAGAACCCGUUGAAUAUUCCUUAAGUAGUGAUGAUGUAGAUGAAAAUGAAACAUCGAAGGAAGAUACACUAGAUAUAAUCAGUACGUUAGAUUUCCGUAUGAAUGGUUCUGUCGCGAACGACACUAUUCGUACAAUUCCAAAGUCUGUAGGAGAAACUAAUGAAUGUUUCAAUGAAGAGAAUUCAUCGUCCCUUGCAUUAUCUCAUACAACUCCGAUCAGCAAUAGGUCAACAAAAUUCUCACCGCAGCAAAAUAAUUUAGGAUUUCAACGAAUACCCGGUGAAAGUCCGGUAUUGCAUAACUUUCAGUUUGGCAGUGUGGACAAUUUAGAUCUUGCUAAAUCAUCGAUUUCGCAAAAUGCGACAGUACCGACGACAUACGAUAACAAAGUUCCCGCAUUGCAAAAUAAAAACUACAAUUUUGCUCCAUUGCACGUGGAGUGCGAUUCGAAUGCUUGGGAUUUGCCGAGCUCGUCUGACACAUCUUGGGAAAUUCCAAAUAAUAUGGCCGGAUUGGACAAAGUAAUUCAUAAAACGAAGAAAAAUAAUCAAAGUAGCAGCACUACAAGUGAAGAUUUGGGCAACGUUUGUCGCCUAUUGGAUGCCGACCUGAGGCCUCUCACACCCGAUGACACGUGCAAACUUUCGCGAGAGAUUUUCGAGGAGCACAAACAGAUAGCCGAGGAAUACCUCAAGGUCCAAACAGAGAUAGCGUUAUUGAGUCAGCACAAGAACGAGAUGCUGAAGAAUCUAAGCCUAGAUAGUCUCCGACAGCAGCAAGAGCUACGUAAGCUGGAAGAUGAAAAGGAAUCCCUGGUGAAACUAUUUCGCAACUUGAAGCGACAAUUGCAGAUCAUGAAGGAUCAGAGGAUCAACGGGGCACCGACGAUAGGACCCGCCGUUUCCGGAAAUAACGGUUGGGUUGUGGUACCCCACCCUCAAGAUCCAUCGAGGCAUUCUUGAGAUGCUGCGACCUGAUAUAUUCGAGGAUCUCGAUGAGAAGUGUACUUAUGUUGUACGAUCUCGAUGAUCGGUCGGCGAUGUGCAACGCGGAUGGAAUUACGUUAGGAUUCCAAUCUAAUUUUGUACGAAUGCAAAUCAGCACCGCGUCACUUACUACCGAUAGAAUAUGUAAAGAUAUAUGAGUGGAUACGUGAUCGUCUAGCGGAAGAGUUUCCGAUCUGACCUUAUCGGAUUCGCUAUCUAUAACAUGCGGUAAUCGUACAAUUAACUUCCAAUUUUUCGAUGAAUUUCGAUGAAAAGUAUAAUUUCGAAUACGCACUUGAUACAGAUACGCCUUCCGUUAAGUUCUUUUCCUCACAAUAGCAUCUUUUGUCUUCUGUACAUCAUAUGUCUUCUCAUUUACGAUGCGAUUAAAAUCAUAGAAUGAUAUCCCAAGUAUUGCAAAUAUUACAUUAAGAGUGCUACAGAAGUUUUUUCGAUUGCAAAACCUUGAAGGUAUUCUUAACAAUGAGUUGCAAUCUAGUCGAUUCAUAUUUUAUUCAUUCAAAUCAUUCAUUUACAUUUCAGUAUAUAAGAUGUACUUUGUGUGAUAAGCAGUUUUUAUUAUUUAAACUAUCGUCUAUCAGUAGAAAGUUUUAUGUGCUAAUUUAUAUGUUUGACAUAAUCACAGAAACUUUGGAGGAUAAGAUGAGAAUCGAACAACAAUCGACGAAUAUAAUCAGUUUUUAAAAAAUUAUAUUCAGAUUUUAUUUAUAUAUAUAUAUGUGUUCAGUCAUUUGGUUAAAUUGAUCACGUAUCAAGGAUAUAGCGUAUACAAAUAUAUUCAUUAUUUUUGAUUAAUUUGCAGAAGAUUAAAAUUUGUUUCUUAUUUUUGAUUUAUUGCCUCGCUAAUACAUAAUUAUUAUAAAUAGUCAUUUUAUGUCUCGCUUAAAUGUGAGAUUGACUUCUCUGCAACAAUAGAUUUAACAAGAAAAAAUAUUUAAAUCAAAUGUAUUGAUCAAAUAUACAAAAGCAUGCUUGUGUUUCAUUUAACAAAUUAAAUAAGUAUGAUGUCCGAAAUUAAUUUGUGAAAAGAGUUUGAUUCUGAAAUUGUGUAUCAAAAUUGUAGACCUAAUUGAAGCUCGUUAGGAAAGUUGCGUAAAUGAUGAUAAUAAUUAUAUGUGAACGAGCUAUCUUUUCAUAAAAGUUGAUAUGGUUGAGAAGUUGAUUGGAGAUGAAUAAAGAUUCACUCAUAUUCACGAUUAGCAGCGACUCAAGUUCGCAGCUAAUAUUUUGUUCCUAUAUUAAGUAUAAAAUGUAACAAAAGAUUGAAGUUAUUCUUAUGUAUUACUUUGACACAGUCCUAGUAACAAACAAAUAUAAUUACCAGCUCUGCGAAAGUUUCUCGAUAGAUUCUUUUCCGAGAAACUUCCUGUAAUGUGAAAUUGUUAUCCGAACCUGAAAAUGUAAUAUACAAUUGUAAAUAUAAUUUUGAAAGCUAUCAUAAGA